AGGGACAGCAAAGAAAGUCUGAAUUCUAAAUCUUUUGAUACCUUUGGACCAGAUGAAAAUUUUGUGCCUACAGUUUUAGACUUUAUUAACAAUGAAACACCUGAAAGUAAUAUUAAAAGUGAUAAAAAUGAAACAAAUUUGUCACAAAAUACAGAAAAUGACCAAGCUGACAGAAAUACAAUUUUAGAAGCUUGUGAGACAAAACUAAACCAAUCGACAUCCUCUGGUAAAAAUGAGAAUGUGGUAAAAUCUACAGAGGAUUUAGAAUCUAAACCACACACAUUGUUGACAAAUGAUAAAACAAUUCUGGAUCAUGCCAGUGUCAAUGUUAAUGAUGAAGAUGAAACUUGCAAAACAUGUUCCAAAGAGACUAUUUCUUCAUUGACAAAUGAAAUAACAAUCCUUGAUCAUGCCAGUAUCAAUGUUGAUGACCAGGAUCAAACUUCCAAAACAAUUUUAAAAGGCACUAUUCAACCUAUUUCUUCAUGUUCAGAAAAUGAGAGUUUUGGUUCACUCCAGAUAAAUGUUGAUGACAGAAUUUUGUCAAGUGAAAAACUUCAAAAAGCUGUGGAUAAAAUUAUUGAAGAAGAUAUGGAAAUUGAUUCAUCUGAUAUCGAUGUUCCCCAUGUUCAAGAGAAGACCAAUCCAUGGGAACUCUUAGAAGACUCUUCCUUGUGUUCUAAUGAGGUCACAUAUAUUAGUGAAAAAGACAAAGUUGACAAAAUUGAAGUUACAGAUGACAUUUAUGAUAUUGAUAAUGAUGUUCAUCAAGAAACAACGCAUACACCUUCCUUACAAAUGUUAAGAAAAGAUCAAAAGAAAGAAAGGUCAAUCUUUCAAGGUCAAGAUGACAGCUGUCAGGCUGCUGGAGACAAAACUAGUGAGGAUUUAUCUUUAAAGCAGGUUAAAUGUAUAGACACAAAAUUGAAACCUGUUUCUGAAUUAGGAAUCAAGAAACUAGGACUUUCAAAGCAAUCAAAAACUUCUGAAGACGUAACUGAAAAGCUAAGAAAAGAAAAGCUUUCUCAUACUGUAGAUAAGAAGAACAAAAAUCAGAAAGUUGUUUAUAUUUACAGUAAGGAGCUGAUUCAGAUUUGUGAUCAGAUGCAGAAAAUACCUUGUAGAGCAAGUAUGGUAUACAGUCUUAUUGAGGCUUAUGGCUUGACUCGGUACAUGAGAGUUGUAGAACCAAGGGAGGCAACAGAAAGAGAAGUUCUUGCCUUCCAUGACCUUGACUACAUAGAGUUCAUAAAGAAAAUCAGUAACCAUGACGAUUCUGAAAAGUUUGAAGAUGAAGCAACACACUAUGGAUUAAGUUAUGAUUGUCCCUUACAACAGGGUCUGUAUAAGUAUGCCACUAUGUCAUCAGGUGCCACCAUAGUGGCAGCAGAAUGUUUGUUACAGGAAACCUGUAAAGUGGCUAUCAACUGGUGUGGCGGGUGGCAUCAUGCAGCUAAAGACCAUGCUUCAGGGUUUUGUUACAUUAAUGACAUUGUACUUGGUAUACUUAAGCUGAAGGAAAAGUAUGAUAGGAUACUGUAUGUUGACCUUGACCUACACCAUGGUGAUGGUGUUGAAGAUGCAUUUAGUGCUACAUCAAAAGUUAUGACUGUUUCCUUCCAUAAGUACCUUACAGGAUUUUUUCCAGGAACAGGAAGUUUGGAUGACAUUGGAAUAGGUAAAGGUCAAUACUAUACUGUCAAUGUUCCAUUGUUGGAUGGCAUUAAAGAUACAGAGUUUACUCCAUUAGUUUGUAGAAUUCUGAAUAAGGUGAAAGAAACAUUCCGUCCUGAGGUUGUCGUCUGCCAAUGUGGAGCAGACGGAUUAGCUGGUGAUCCAAUGGAAUCAUUUAAUUUAACACACAAAGGACUGGGAAAGUGUCUGUACUUCCUUUUACAGUGGAAUCUUCCAACAUUGGUUUUAGGGGGAGGUGGAUACAAUUUAAGCAAUACAGCCAGAUGUUGGGCAUUUCUUACAGCUUUAGCCACAGGGAAACAAAUACCUACAGAGAUUCCUGAUCAUGAGUAUUUUAUUGAGUAUGGACCUGAUUAUGAGUUGGAAGUUUAUCCUGGAAACAGAAAGAAUCACAACACAGCACACUAUCUGAGACAGGUCUAUGGAGCCGUUUUGAAUAAUAUCAGCAAGAUCUGUACUGAAAAGUGUUAGCUGUUGCAUAGUGAAACAAAACAUAUGACAUUGGCAAUGAAAUAACGAAUAUUAUGCAAUAUUUCUCAGGAAUAAACAUUUCAUUGUUGAUUACCUAAUUGUGCCAUGUUAACAAUUUUAUUGACUUUUCAAUUGUUACUUUAUU